GGUGGCGGGCAGGGAGGCCAAGCAAGGACUCGCUGCCGGUGGGUGGGAGACAUGGAUCGCGGCGAGCAAGGUCUACUGAGAACAGACCCAGUACCCGAGGAAGGAGAAGAUGUUGCUGCCACUAUCGGUGCCACUGAAACCCUAUCAGAGGAGGAGCGAGAAGAGCUAAGAAGAGAACUUGCUAAGGUAGAAGAAGAAAUCCAGACUCUGUCUCAAGUGUUAGCAGAAAAAGGAAAGCACCUAACAGAGAUCAAGCGGAAACUUGGGAUCAAUUCACUACAGACACUAAAACAGAACAUUGCCAAAGGGUGGCAAGAUGUGACAGCCACGUCUGCGUACAAGAAGACCUCUGAAACCUUAUCUCAGCCUGGACAAAAGGCUUCAGCUGCUUUUUCAUCUGUUGGAUCAGUCAUCACCAAAAAGCUGGAAGAUGUAAAAAACUCCCCAACUUUCAAAUAAUUUGAGGAAAGGGUUGAAAACUUAAAGUCUAAAGUAGGGGGAACCAAGCCUGCUGGUGGUGAUUUUGGAGAAUUCUUGAAUUUGACUGCAAACCCUAGUUCCACCACCACGGAGCCUCUUCCAGAAGAGACACAGGAGAGCCUGUGAGAUUCCACCUU